ACAUUAAUAAACUGGCUCAUUGUCGAGAAGUGCACCACAACAGCAACACGACACUAUGGCAGCCAGGAAAGAAAAGACCGCGACCGAUGACGAGCUCAAGAAGAUGUUCGAGGGGCUGGAGGGAGAGGACCUGCCUGCCACCACUACCAAGGCCGAUGCGUCCAAGACGAAGAAGCCUGCCCGCGCGCAGACCGCUGAGGAGAUAGAGGCUGAGCUGGCUGAGCUGGAGGAUCUGGGUAAGCCACAGCCCGAUGCCAGGCCACGAAUCGCAACACCCGUUGGCGGCACCAGCUCUCCCACCAAGCGCACGCCGGUGGGCAGUCCCCUUCCGCAAACAUCAACGCGAUCGAGCGAGGAUAAGAGGAAGUCGGGCGAGAGCGCUAGGUCAUACCACACGAGCUUCACGCCCUCGGCGACAAGCAGCGAGCUCCAGGAGGCCGAGAAGAAGUCUCGAAUUGCCGAGCCGGCUGCUGAGCCAGCCGCUGCUGGUGGCGGAUGGUGGGGUGGCAUUCUGGCCACGGCCAGCGCUGCGGUGAAGACGGCUGAGGCGGCAGUGAAGGAGAUCCAGCAGAAUGAGGAAGCUAAGCGCUGGGCCGAGCAGGUCAAAGGCAACGUGGGCGCACUACGAGGACUUGGUGGUGAGCUGAGCUCCCGAGCCCUCCCAACAUUUGCCAACAUCCUACACACCAUCGCUCCGCCCAUCUCGUCGCACGAGCGUCUUCAAAUCCACAUCACGCACGACUUCAUUGGGUACCCCUCCCUCGACCCCCUUAUCUACAAUACCUUCUCGCGCGUGAUGGCACAAGUUGAGGGAGGCGAUCUUCUCGUCAUCCAGCGUGGCCACGAGUCCUCUGCCCGGCGCACCUCCGAUGCAGCAUACACGGGUGGCCGCACGGGAUGGUACGAUGGCCCCUGGUGGCGCCAGGGCAAUGAGCACCGCGAUCUGGGUGCUGUCCCUGGGUUGGUUGAGGGUACCAAGCUCGUCCGCGUCAGCGCCGAGGCCUACGCGACCGAGUUCUUUGCCUCGCAUGGUGGCCUCGAGUUAGCCGCCCGCCGCGCCACGGAGCAGCUCAGCGAGUCCAACCCCGUCCGCAGCAGCGACAUUUUCCUCGCCGUGCAGGCCAUCUCGCACGAGGCGCAGGCAGAUAUGUUCCAGGGACCUGCAACGGAUGAGAAGGCCGAUGCAGUCGCUGAGGAGGAGAAGCCGGAAAACUUGAUCUCAUUCGCGGUUUACCUGCACGACCCGGUGCAUGGGAUUACAUUUUCUGGCGUGUCGCAAACCGUGCCGGCAAAGUGGAUCGCCUGGCUCGAUGCACCGUCGCCAAUGACGCCUGCGUCGCCGUCGUCACUGUCUGCAGAGGAGCACUCCUUCUCGCAGGACAAGUAUAGCCCCCACAUGCCGCGCGAGAUUGCAGAGAUCAUUGGGUCGGGCGGCGUGGAUCCGCGCGAAUGGGUGGCCGAGUGGAUAGAGGAGGUGAUCAGCCUGGCUGUCGGUAUUGUGGCGCAGCGGUACGUGGCUCGCCGAAUGGGGGUUGGUGAGGGUGGCAUUGGGAGGGGAAAGGCGCGGGCAGAGGAGGUUAUGGCGGAUGGAGGGGGUGAGGCGGCUAGGGCGGGCCUGAUCUAAUGAGUGAUAGGGGGAUUGACUAUAACAGGUGGGGGAGAUCUGGGUUGGAGUUAUAUAUCACACGGGUUGUUUGCAAGUUGUAUUUCAUGGCCGGUAGUGUGUAUGCAGUGAUAUGGAUACGACGUGGGCUGUGAAGUAGGGGGUUUGUUUAUUUCUAGAAAAACCGAAUAUACACCAAGUUUCACCACACGUAUGAGAACUUACAGCUUAUAGGUCACGGGGAGUGUGGCUGGAGAUCAGGACCCUAGAUACAACUAUCUAUAACAUACUGAUAUUUUUCGUCGGCGGUGAUGAUGUCACCAGCCGCCGCUGU